GACAACUCUGAGAAUAUAUUCUACACUCCAAAUCAAACACGACCUGCCCAUGCCAUCCAUACUCUCAGGAUUAUGAAAUGAAACUUAAUAAUGGGCAGAUGAUGUGUUUUAAUGGAUGGAUUAUGUAUGCCAAGCAAUUGUAACAUAAUGAAGGACUAUUAGAGGUAUAUGGCCAAUUGGCAUCUGGGUUGAUUUUUAUAUGUCUCCACAGAAAGAAAGAACAGCCUAUAACACACAUUUGAGAAACCAGAAUCAGAAAUAGACCAUGAUAAUAUUUUACUUUGUUUGAUGAUGAAUGACAAUACAAUGCCGUCCCUGGCCAAUCUCAAUCUCAAUCUGAGCCUGAGGACGCUAGACAUUCUGCUUGCUCCAAACACACGCAGCCCUCCCGCAGAAUCCUUUAUAUAUUGUCAUCUAUUGCACACCUGUAUUGCUAAGAAUUCACUUUCAGAGGCUAAGGAGAUCCACUCUAACAUCAAUGAUAACGAUAGGGGAUUUACAUUUGCCACACAUACGUUCCUGCAAAAUACUCUUCUCAAUAUGUACGACAAGUGCGGAAGUUUGCUGGAUGCUCGGAGCAUUUUCAACCAAAUGACUGAAACAGACGUAUGCUCGUGGAAUUUGAUAAUUGCAGCUUACCGAAGGCACAAAUUUCCGCAACAGGCAUUCACACCGUUUUACCAAAUGCAACGUACAGGUGUCCAACCUAAUCAGUUCACCUUCUCUACUAUUCUCCCAUUAUGUGCCAGCGUGUCAUCUAUAAAACAUGGUUUGCAGGUUCAUGGAAAAACCGUAAGAUGUGGGUUUCAGUCAGAAAUUAUUGUGAUGAUUCUCUGAUAGACAUGCAUGCAAAAUGUGGAAACAUGCAGAAAGCACGGGAAUCGUUUGACAAAAUGUCUCAGAGAAACGUGGUUUCAUGGAAUACAAUGAUUGCAGGAUAUUCCCAAAAUGAUAUUUUGGACGAAGCUUUAAGGCUUCUCAAAGAAAUUCCCCAACAAAAUGUUAUCUCAUGAACUGCAAUUAUUGCUGGAUGUGCACAAGAUGGACUUGUGGAAAAUGCAUUGGAGAUUUUUAAUCAGAUGGAAUUGGCAGGUGUAAAGCCAAAUUCAUCAACUUUUGUCAUCAUCCUCCCAGCGUAUGCCAAAUAUGGAGCGUUGAAACGAGGUAUGGAAAGCCAUAAAAAAAUAAUAGAAUCUGGAUUUUUGUCCGAUCACAAAGUUGUUACUGCUCUUAUAGACAUGUAUGCAAAAUGUGGAAGCAUACAGAAGGCACACUUUUCAUUGAAAUGCCUCAACGAAAUGUGGUCUCAUGGACUGCAAUCAUUGCUGGAUACGCACAAAAUGGGCUCGAUGUAGAAUCUUUGGAGACUUUUAAGCAAAUGCAAUUUGCCGGUAUAAAGCCAAACUCAUCAACCUUUGCCAGCAUCCUCCCAGCUUGUGCUAAACUUGGAGCUUUGGAACACGGUAUGGAAAUCCAUCAAAAAGUAAUCGAAAUGGGAUUUUUGUCAGAUGUUAUUGUUGUAACUGCUCUAGUGGACAUGUAUGCAAAAUGUGGUCUUUAGCAUUGCGAAGACUGCAGGAUAUGCGCAAAAUAGCCUUCUUGACAAGGCUUUAAAGCUUUUCAAAGAAAUGGCACAACAAAAUGUGGUCUCCUGAACUGCAAUCAUUACUGGAUAUGCACAAAAUGGGCUUGUGAAAAAAGCAUUGGAGAUUUAUAAACAAAUGCAGUUGGCAGGUGUAAAGCCAGACUCCUCAACUAAUGCAAGUAUCCUUCCAACUUGUGCGAAACUGGAAGCCUUAUAUCAGGGUAUGGAGAUCCAUCAAAAAAUAAUUGAAAGUGGUAUUUUGUCAGAUGUAGUUUCAAAUGCACUGAUAGGCAUGUAUGCAAAUUGUGGAAGCAUACAAAAGGCCUGCAAUUUGUUUGACAAGAUGUCUCAACAAGAUGUGGUCUCGUGGAAUGCAAUUAUUACUGGAUUUACACAAAAUGGACUUACUGAUAAAGCCUUGGAGAGUUAUAAGAAAUUGCAAUUGGCAAGUCUAAACCCAGACUCUUCAACGUUUGCCAGCAUCCUCCCAGCUUGUGCCAAACUUGGAACCUUGGAACAUGGUAUGGAGAUCCAUCAAAAAAUAAUCAAAAGUGGAUUUUUGGCAGAUAUGGUUGUGAACCCUAAUAGGCAUGUAUGCAAAAUGUGGAAGCAUACAAAAGGCACGGGAAUUGUUUGACAAAAUGAAUCACCCACGCAAAGUCUCAUGGAAUGCAAUGAUCGCUGGAUAUGCAAUGCAUGGCUAUGGCAAGGAUGCCCUUAAACUCUUUGAACUAAUGGAGCUUUCUGGAUCCAACCCCAACCAUGUAAGCUUUGUUAGUGUCUUAUUUGCAUGCAGUCAUGCAGGUUUUAUCAAUGACGGCUGUAAAUACUUCAAUUUGAUGAGUUGCUCUUAUUGCAUUAUGCCUACAAUUGAUCAUUAUGUAUGCAUGAUUGACCUUCUCGGCCGUGCUGGCUAUCUUGAGGAAGCCCUUAACUUUAUCAUCAAAAUGCCAAUAAAACUUGAUGCAGUUGCGUGGAAGUGUUUGCUUGGUGCAUGUAGAACACAUAAGAAUAUCGGGCUAGGAGAAUUUGUGGCAACACUCCUGUUUGAGUCAGAUGCUGAAAAUGAUGCACCUUAUGUACUUCUGUCAAACAUUUAUGCAGAAUUGGGCAGCUGGGGUUCUUUUCAAAAGGUAAGGAAUUUAAUGAAAGAUAGAGGUAUAAAAAAGAACCCUGGGUGUAGUUGGAUUGAAGUCCAUAAAAUGGUACAUGUUUUUUGUGUGGGAGAUAGAUCGCACCCACAAACAGAAGAGAUCUAUGCAAAGCUGGAGAAAUUGUCUUGGGAAAUGAAGGCUGCAGGUUAUAAUACAGAUACGGGGUAUGCAUUAAAUGAUGUGGAGGAGGAGGAAAAGGAAUUACUCCUUUGUCACCACAGUGAGAAAUUGGCAAUUGCAUUCGGUUUGUUAAACACAUUCCCCGGAACAACUAUUAGAAUUGUCAAGAACCUUAGAGUUUGUAAUGACUGCCACACUGCAACCAAAUUUAUCUCUAAAGUUGCUGGACGAGAAAUCAUUGUGAGAGAUGCAAACCGUUUCCAUCAUUUCAAACUUGGACAAUGUUCUUGUGGAGAUUAUUGGUGAUGCUAAGUGAAGCAAGUUAUAGCCAGGGGUUUGCACUACAAUGAAGUGUAUGGUGUCAGAUAAGCAACUACUUGAAGGAAUCAGGUUGUAUAGUGCUAAGGGAUCAUGACAUUAAACAGUAUUUCAGGAAGUUCAUAUGAAUUAAACCGACAAGCUAGACGAGGAGGCAGAGCAAUGAAGAAGUAAUGCUAGGAUAUGGAAAGCUGCUAAGCCACAAGACAAUGUGUGAGAAGGACCUAUAAGUAGAAUCAAGCAAAUGUUUGCUUGGAGGCGAUUUAGAUUGGACAAAGACUUGCAGACUACCUCCAUCAGGCAGAUCAAUUGUUCCUGUAGUUUAGGUGUAAUGGCAGUGGUGUGGUCCAGAUAUGGAUUACAAGCUUUUCAGAUCCGCUCACUGUGCCUCCUCCUCAAACUGUGACUUGUACACACCUUAAUACAGCUGACACUCUAAUAUCCAUUGUAGCAGGUAGAUGUGAAAUGAUCAUGACCGCAAUCAAGUUACUUUGAUGGCUUCUUUUCAGCCCUUCAAGCUGGAAAUUAAAAUAAUAAAUGACUAGCUGGUUUGGGAGCACCUCUCUGAUGCAAGACACAUCAUCAGUUCCAUUCCACCAACUGUUGGUGCUAGGAAAGAUCCGGUCAGAACAUAUCCUGAAGUCUUCUGAUGAUGUAAUUAAAUCUAAUUUGAUUUCUCAGUCCUUGGAGAUCAAGAUGUCUAAUUAUUAGCAUCAUUUUUGGCUUAAAGACAGCCAGUCAGCAACUCAAAACUCUCCCUACCAGAAAAGAUGUCAAAUAUCUUGGAAAUUACUAAUUAGUAUUUUAACUAAGAUGGAAACCUUUAACACUCUAUUCUAUUCUAAAAUUGUUGAAAUUUGUAUGCCUCCCACUUUUUUGUCAAUCACACAAGCUAUC